AAGAAGUUCAAGUGUUUCCCCUUUGUUGGCUUAUUGGUCUUACAUAUCUUCUCGGGCUCUCAUACUCUUGUUGAUAUUUGAACUUUUAAUUUUUCUGCUGUCAAAAUGAACAGAGCUGCUAUUGACUAUGAAAAAAAGAUGCAUGCCAGUAACCUUGAAUAUAAUCAAGCUAUGGAGAAGCAUAAGAUUACUGUGACUGCUGAAAUUGAAAGCCUACAUGCUGAGCUUGCAAAUGCAGAGAAGAGGGCAAGAGCAGCAGCCGCAGCUGCUGCAGCAGCUGCUCCAAGUAAUUCACACCAUCAGUUUGCUGCAGCGAAUCCAAGUUUUACGUAUUCUGCCAAUUAUGGAAAUCCUGAAACAGGUUAUGGAGGGACUUUGUACCCUGCUCCUUAUGCUGUACAUCAGAUAUGAUAGGCUAGCUUAUAUGCUUCCUGGUAGAUGAAAGCGGAAGUCAAGAUGGCGAUGCUGGGGAUGAUUCUGGGGGAAUGCUAGGAAACUUUUCCAAGUUCUAAUACAAGAAUGCACUUUGGAAAAAAAAAAACAAUUUCUUUUAUCAUCAAAAAGCAAAGCGCAAGGAUUCUUUAUAUAUUGCUCCUAUAUAGUAUUGUUUGCCUUUUAUUUUUUUCCGCUUCUUGUCCUUUUUCUUCAUAUCACUAGUUUGCAUCAGGAAGUUAGAUCAUCCUUUAUCUAGAAAAACUCAGUUAAUUAGAUCAUCAUAAAAGAUUUUACGUGAGGAAAGUUUUCAUGAUUCUUAUUGACUCGUGAUAGUUGCUUUGAGAAAAAUAAAAAAUAAAAAAGAAAUCAUUGCCUGUUCUCAUCAUAUCCUGUGGACUUCCAUGUUUAUAAUGAUAUCAUGCUUACCUUUCGCACUCAGGAGAAGCGAAAAUUGGUAGAGAAUUUCCUAAUUUAAGGCUACUAGAUGUGGGUUGGGAUCCCAUCCAGUAAAGUUUGCUCCAGUAUUCUGCAAUAUGGUGCUAAUUUUUUGACACGUGUCCUCCUAACUAAUCAAUGGACAAGAUCUCUUUAAUUAAAAAACUAGUUUAACCAUGGUUAGAUUUCUCUUCUGCUUGAAACAGAGAUUUGUUAUCUCUGUUGCUCUUCUUCUGCUUGCCCUACUUUAAUCGCCAGAAACCCUUUCAGGACAUCGUUCUUCGCAUGUGUUGUGUUUAGAUGUUACUAGAAUGAAGUUUGAAUACCUGAGGCUGUCAAGGAUGUGCUGUUUUUUGUAUGAAUGCUUUGUAAAUAUUACUUGGUAAAUAGAAUUCUUUUAAUUACCCAAAAAUAAAAGGCUAAGUUAAUUGCACACCUUCCAAAUCGUCUUUUUUUGGAAUCUAGAAGGAUAAUUAUAUUACUUAAAUAAUUUUAAUUUGGAAGCAAAUUGUUGUGGGAUUAUAUUGGGUGGUUGUUGUUGUUGUUGUUGUUGGAAGCAAAUUCUUAUUAUAGAUGCACUCUCCUGUGUUGCCAAUAGAAUUGUCUAAUAACAUGUCUUUCAUUCUUAUUUC